ACGAUAGUUGUGGCUUUUGCAGAAUUGGUAAUAAAUACCCGUCAAUCUUCAAGGUCUCUCAAUUUUAAUUUUUUACCCACACGGUCGUCGACAGUUGACGAUAAUGGAUGGCCUUUCACUCUCCGCCCCACACUUCCCGGCUGCCAUUCUCGCCGGCAAACACGACCCCACCGCUGCUACCGCCACCACCACCGCACUUGUCUCCUUCUCCCUCAAACCGCCACCACCAUCAACUUCUUCUCAUAAUCCGGUGACUUCCUCCUCCCCUCUCUCGGCCCACAUCCGCCGCCCGCACAAAAUCCCUAAACCCGCCCAACCCUCCUCCUCCUCCAACAACCCCAAAAUCCCCUCUAACCCUCUCAAAAACCUCGUUAAUCCCACCCACAUACCCAUCCCACCUGCUCCUCCCCACUCCCUCACCACCAAGCUCCGGCUCACUAGUAAACUCUCUCCCCCUCCCCCUCCCCCUCCACCCACGCCGCCGCCACCACCACCACCAGUAGAAACCGAAGAUGAAAUUAAAGAAAAUGAGAGUGAGCAUUCGGAUUCAGGCGGAAUUGAAUUCCGGGAAGAGGGUAAAAUAUUUGUGGGGAAUUUACCCAAUUGGAUAAAGAAGAACGAGGUUUCCGAGUUUUUUCGGCAGUUUGGGCCGAUAAAGAACGUCAUUUUAAUAAAGGGUCACGGUGAAACGGAGAGAAAUGCGGGUUUUGGGUUUGUGCUAUAUGGAGGUACUGAAACUAUGGCGGCCAAGUCGGCAAUGAAGGCCGUGGAGUUUGAUGGCGUGGAGUUCCAUGGGAGGGUGCUAACUGUGAAGUUGGACGAUGGGAGGAGAUUGAAGGAGAGGUCGGAGGAGAGGGCACGGUAUGGGGGUUAUGACGGAGUGGAGUAUCGAUCCAAGUGGCACGAGGAGAGGGAGAGCUCAAGGAGGAGCUUCCGGCAGGUUCUUGAUACCGAACCGGAGAAUUGGCAGGCGGUUGUCCAGUCUUUCGAGAGAGUUAAGAAACCUUCUAGAAGAGAGUAUGGCUUGAUGGUGACUUAUUACGCAAGGCGAGGGGAUAUGCAUCGCGCACGUGAAACAUUUGAGAGAAUGCGAGCGAGAGGAAUAGAACCAACUGCGCAUGUCUACACCAGCCUUAUUCAUGCUUAUGCAGUUGGUAGAGACAUGGAAGAAGCGUUAUCUUGUGUCAGGAAAAUGAAGGAUGAGGGAAUUGAAAUGAGUUUGGUGACUUACAGUAUUAUUGUUGGGGGAUUUGCAAAAAUAGGCAAUGUCGAAGCUGCAGACCACUGGUUUAAGGAGGCCAAAGAGAAACACACAACUCUCAAUGCAAUCAUCUAUGGAAAUAUUAUUUACGCUCACUGUCAAACAUGCAAUAUGGAUCGAGCUGAGGCAUUGGUCUGUGAGAUGGAAGAAUCGGGCAUAGACGCUCCUAUUGAUAUAUAUCAUACCAUGAUGGAUGGUUACACAAUGAUUGGCAAUGAAAAUAAAUGCCUGAUUGUGUUUGACCGACUUAAGGAAUGUGGCUUUACACCUUCAGUUAUUAGUUACGGAUGUCUCAUCAAUCUUUACACAAAGAAUGGCAAAGUUUCUAAAGCCUUGGAGGUUAGCAAAAUCAUGGAAUCAGCUGGCAUAAAACAUAAUAUGAAGACCUACUCCAUGUUGAUCAAUGGGUUCUUGAAGUUAAAAGAUUGGGCUAAUGCAUUUGCAAUUUUUGAAGAUCUGGUUAAGGACGGUCUGAGACCUGAUGUGGUGCUCUACAAUAACAUCAUCAGGGCAUUCUGUGGGAUGGGUAACAUGGAUCGUGCUAUCCGCACUGUCAAGGAGAUGCAGAAAGAGAGGCACAGGCCUACUACACGUACAUUUAUGCCCAUCAUACAUGGUUUUGCAAGAGCAGGAGAAAUGAGAAAAGCCCUAGAAAUUUUUGAUAUGAUGAGGUGGAGUGGAUGCAUUCCCACUGUGCAUACUUUCAAUGCCCUGAUUCUUGGCCUUGUUGAGAAGCGUCAGAUGGAGAAGGCUGUUAAAAUAUUAGAUGAGAUGACACUGGAAGGCAUUAGUCCAAAUGAACAUACAUACACGACCAUCAUGCAUGGUUAUGCAUCUGUGGGAGAUACUGGAAAAGCAUUCGAGUAUUUUUCUAAAUUAAGGAAUGAAGGUUUGGAACUUGACGUGUAUACAUAUGAGGCACUACUGAAGGCAUGUUGCAAGUCAGGCAGAAUGCAGAGUGCCUUAGCAGUAACAAAAGAAAUGAGUGCUCAAAAGAUUCCAAAAAACACCUUUGUGUACAACAUAUUAAUUGAUGGAUGGGCUCGAAGAGGUGAUGUUUGGGAGGCUGCAGACCUGAUGCAACAAAUGAAACGGGAAGGUGUUCAACCUGACAUCCAUACAUACACGUCCUUCAUAAAUGCUUGUUGCAAGGCUGGAGACAUGCUGAGAGCGAUGCAAACAAUUGAAGAAAUGGAAGCCUUGGGGGUGAAGCCUAACGUGAAAACCUACACUACGUUAAUACAUGGGUGGGCACGUGCUUCACUUCCAGAGAAGGCUUUGAGAUGCUUUGAGCAGAUGAAACAAGCUGGAUUGAAGCCGGACAAAGCUGUGUACCAUUGCCUGAUGACAUCUCUGCUGUCAAGGGCAGCUGUUGCUGAAGCUUACAUUUAUUCCGGAGUUUUGUCUGUUUGCAGAGAGAUGAUAGAAUCCGGGUUGACUAUUGAUAUGGGGACUGCAGUUCACUGGUCAAAGUGCUUAUGCAAGAUUGAGAGAACAGGUGGGGAGCUUACAGAAGCCUUGCAGAAGACCUUCCCGCCUGAUUGGAGCUCACGGCAUUCUUCAGAUGUUAAUUCCAAUAUAGGCACGGAUGAUGAACCUGGUAUUAAUGGUGACAAUGAUGACAUGUAUUUUGCUAAUCAAAAUGAUGGUGAUGAUGAUCAUUAUGACAAGGACGAGGAUGAGGACGACGAUUUGAACCACAGAUCAUGGUUUUAAACCAUAUGUUCUCAGUUAUAGGUGAUAGGCUUGAUUUAUGAUCCCAGAUGCAUCCUUCCAUCUGAAGCUCUAAGGUCGAAUAUAGUUAGAUUUACUGAGGGAACUUUUUUUCAGAUCAAGGAUGCUCUACCCCUUAGUUUCAUAUUUAUUUGUACAUAACAAUUGCUUUUUUUUGUCUGUGACUGAUUACAAUACAAAAUCAGAGGAAUUUCUUCA